UCAGGAGGCUGAUGCAGAAGCACUGACUGCUCAUCCUGUUGAGAUGUCUUGUAGUCCAUCGUUAGUAGAACCGACAUGUUCCAACUCUGAGAUGCAGGGAACCACAAAAAUGAGAAAAAAUGACACUACUUCCAGACAUUUGGUUCCUCCUUCUGAUGAUAAUGAAAGUGAACAGUCAAAAUCUAUUCAAAGAAAGAGAGUGCUUCCAUCUUGGAUGCUGGAAAGAGAUCUUCUGGUUCAGAGGAUUUCUGAGCCUGUAAUGAAAGGAGGUAGUAGAACGAAAAAAGGCCAAGGAAGGGGAGAAAGUAAUAUGCAGUCAUAUGGAGAAGUAAAUGUGCAGCAGAAAAAAAGAUUAGCUUCUGAAGAAGCUGUAGAGGAUUUUGAAGGUGAAGAGCAAGAUCAAGGGAAAAGGAGCUGUCUUUCCAACCCUGUCCCUUCAUCUCAGAAUACAUCUGGAUUUCCUCUUGAGAGUACCAUGAGAAACAUGGAAGGAAGUGGCAAGACUGGAACAAAAAACCCUGGAAGUUCUCUGGAAAAAAAUGAUAGGCAGCUGCAUAGUAAAUGGUCUAAAAGAGUAGGUCAGAUCUCCAGUAAAGAAAAUAGAAUUGAGGAAACAGAAAACAAAGAGCAGAUUACUGGUUCUACAAGCCAACAAGCUCACUGGGGCAGGACUUCCCAAUACUUUGGUGCCCAGGAAGGGAUUCUUGAGCCUGAUGCAAAUCUGGAUUACGAGACUGAGAUUUCUGAUUCAACCAGAAGUGCAGAUGCUUCAGAAAGCUCCAAACAGAUCAAGCGUAAGAGGACACCUUGCAUGUAUGGAACAGGCUGUUACAGGAAGAAUCCCAUUCACUUUCAGCAGUUCAGUCACCCUAAUGAUGAUGACUAUCAUGAGAUGGAGACCGUAACUCAGGAUAACAAUGAUAACCGGCCUGAAUGUCCAUAUGGAACGGCUUGUUAUAGGAAGAAUCCACAGCACAAGCUAGAAUACAAGCACAGUGCACCUCCAGGAAAAAGGGCUGUGGAGAAAGAUGGCAAUGAUGAACCAAAUGAAUAUGACCUUAAUGACAGCUUUAUAGAUGAUGAGGAAGAGGAGUGUGAACCUACUGAUGAAGACUCUGACUGGGAACCAAGUUCAGAAGACAAAGAUAAUGAAGAUGUUGAAACACUCUUGCAGGAAGCACGUAGAUUUGUUAAGACCAAAAAGUAGCUGCACGGAACAACAUUACAAAUGUCUGAUAUGGUUAUGCUAAAACAUGGAUGCGCAAGGAGAGGAAUUGCUUGGAAAACUUGUUUUUUCCUCAGUGAUGUAGGCACUACAGAAAGAUUUCAAUAGGGGCGAGGGGAUUCAGCAAUGCCUUUAUUGUCCAUAUGUAUUAUUUUGGUGGGUUUUUUUGGUUUUAUUAAGUGAUGGAGCCAAAGGACUGAGCUCUGAAAGUGGUUUUGUGUUUGUUUUUUUUUUUCCCCCUCAUCUAUUUCUUUUGCAACACCAUUGGUGUUUCAUAGUUUGAAAUACAAUUUUAAAGGUUGUUAAUGCUUCAUGUUCCUGUGCUUGAAAGAAAUACUGGCAUUAGGAAAGCCUUUGGUUUUGCUGAAACACAAUAUAUACUGUGUUGAAUGCAGAGGAGUUAACGCUUCACACCUGCAGUAUGGCAGACUAUUUCUUGGCCAUCACUGGGGAAUCUGUCUAAAGCAUUUUUAAUCUUCUUUUGAGUUAGUGCAGUCUUAAACUUCAUUAGUCUGCUACUAGCUUUCCUUUUAGGUGUCAUUUCUUUGAUUCACUUGAUGUACAGUAGUUAAAUACAGGUUGUCUGAAUCACCUGAGAACAGUAUCUCAGUGUGUUGAACCACUUGGUUGUCUCAACAACAAUUAUGGUGUACUUGCUCUAAUUACAGCAGGACCUCUUUCCAUGCCUGUACAUCCCUGGAAUUGUGUUUGGUUCACAACAAAGCUGAAGUCUUAAUGACUGUA